AACCGCCGACCUUCCGAUUAACGGCCAACCUGCUCUACCUCCUGAGCCACAGCCGCCCCGUUUAGCUCUUUUCAAAACACUUUAUAACUUUGUUUUGAAAAGUGCUAAAUUUAUUGUCAUCGUGUUAACAUUGUUGUUCAGAGCAAGCCCCUGUACACUCAGCUGCUCGGGGCGCCGCACUGAGUAGCAGCCCUGUCACUCUGACAUCUCUCCAUGUGUUGUUGCAUGUGUGUGUAUUUCAGACCUGUGUGUGUAUACUAAUGACAAUAACACCAGAGUGAGAACAUUGAAUUUCCCCUUGUGUGAUGAAUAAAGAAUGUGUUCUUCUUCUUCUGCAUGUUAGUAUGCUGAUUAACAUUUAGCUCAAAGCACUGCUAUGUCUACAUACAACAGAGCUGCAUCACAGAGCUACUAGCAUGGCUUUAGAGUCUAGUUCCUAAUACCUCUCACAUUAUCAACUAAGUAAACAAACUGUGUGUAAUAGUAAAUAAGAAGCAUCAUUUCUGGUUUUCCAAACAUGCAGUUUAGAGAGCCACGAUAACAAAGGGUUGAUGAAGGUAAUAAUUAAGCAUGUCAAGCCUGUGGACGUCUUGAUGACGUUUCAUUUAUUGCAUUUAUCUUAGCUUUUAUUCCACUGUUGCACAAACACAGACAGCAGAAGGUCAGAUAACAUUAGAAGAGGACUGACCCAGUAAUACAUCAUGAACUAUACGUUUCUCAGGUCAACCAUACUUAUGUUCCUCUCCUCAGGUAAGAUAUGUAUUAAAAGUUCUUUAUCAAUAGAACUACAGGUUGUGAAAUGUUGACUAUGUUCAUAUUUCAGUAGGUCUGUGCUAUGGAGCUGGUGUACUCACUGUUGACUCCCUCCGUGGAGCAGCAGGGGAGAGCGUGGCCUUUAAAACAUCUGUAAAACCAACAGCUGAACCGUUUCUGGCAUUAACUUGGAGCUUCAAUGGGACCACCAAUGUAAUAACCUCAACCAGUGUAGAUGUAGUCGGACAAGGCUAUGAGAGCAGGAUCGUCCUAGAAAAGUCUACUGGAUCUCUGGUGCUUAUGAACCUGACUGAAAAAGACAGCGGCGAAUAUGAACUAAUCAUCAUCCCAUAUGGAGCGGAGCAGAUUCAAGGAACUGUCAAACUGGAGGUGCUGACCAAAGUGUCAAGACCCACUAUGGCCUGCCCCACAGAAAACGUAAUAGAAGGUAAAACCUCUGUGAACCUAACCUGCGAUGCUGACGGCUUGGUGUCCAACAGAGUGUGGAUGAAAGACGGCCGACCUUUGGUUUCUGGAGAGAGAUUCAGCUUUUACGACAGCAACAGAGUGUUGUCUAUCAGCCCUGUCGACAGGAGAGACACUGGAGAGAUUCUUUGUAAUGUCAGCAAUGAUUUCAGUUUUGAUACAGCUAACUGCAGACUGAAAGUCUAUUAUGGACCUGACAAACCAACAAUCAUUCAGAGGCCAAUAGGAGCAGAACUUGAAGAGAGUGUCACUCUUAGCUGCUCUGCUGACUCCCUACCAAAGGCAACUUUCUUCUGGACGUUCAAACACAUGAAGAUGUACGGGCCCCUGCACUACAUCCAUGAGAUGGAAGAGAUGCACCUGGGGAGCUACACCUGUACCGCCCAAAAUGCUGUCACUGGUUUAGAAACCUCUGCGCUCCACACACUGCGUGAUUCAUCUACUCCCAUCAUUGGUUCUAUGUCUAUGAUGGUUUGCACCGUCCUGACGUUGAUGGAGCUAAUUUUAGUCUAAAGACUAAGAAUA